AUGUCGCAAGAAAAUAGCGGGGGACAUGAGCAAAGUAGUGGAGGGCCUGAUCAAAGCACAAUCAUUCGGGCUAUGCAACAACAAUUUGAGCGAAUGAACAUGGUGCUCAAUACGAUAAAUGACCGGUUGGAGAGGCAUGAUGAGCGGAUUGACCAGUUGCGACAAGCUCCCAAUCAGCAACCAAGGAGGAACAAUAACCGACAGCCAGCACCUACUACUGAUCCAUUUGAUGGCCACGAGGAGGGAUCCUAUGAUGAUGAGGAUGAUAUGUCUUCCAUUGCCGCAAUGAGACGAGCUCGAGGAGCAAGGGCUGAGACGCCAUGGCGCGGACGUGGAAGGCGCCAAGAAAGAGACACCGUUGAUCGUAAUACGGGGUCCAUCAAACUGACCAUUCCUCCAUUCCAAGGCAAGAGCGAUCCCGAUAUUUAUAUCGAAUGGGAAAGGAGGGUUGAGCUGGUUUUUGAUUGUCACAACUACUCCGAGGAGAAGAAGGUGAAGCUUGCAGCUGUGGCAUUCACCGACUAUGCCAUAGUUUGGUGGGAUCAAUUGACGGUGAGUAGACGCCGAAAUGGAGAGCGACCUAUUGACAAUUGGGAGGGCAUGAAAGCUGUCAUGCGGAGGAGGUUUGUCCCAUCCCAUUACUACCGGGAUUUAUACUUGAAGCUGCAGAAUCUUAAGCAAGGGUCUAAGACCGUGGAGGAGUACCACAAGGAGAUGGAGAUUGCCAUGAUUCGCGCCAAUGUUGAGGAGGAUCGAGAGGCAACCAUGGCUCGGUUCAUUAGUGGACUUAAUCGGGAGAUUGCCAAUAUUGUGGAGCUGCACCAUUAUGUGGAGCUUGAAGAAUUGGUGCACAUGGCUAUGAAGGUUGAGAGGCAACUCAAGAAGGGGGGACGAUCGUCAUCCAGGUUCGAAUCCUCUAAUUCGAAUUCGAAGUGGACUUCCAAGUUUGAAGGAGCUGGACCUAAAUGGGCUGGUUCGAAGCAAGAGGAGAAGGCCAAGGGAGACAAGCCCGCAGCCAAGCCAUCAUUUGAUUCUAAGGAGAGGGGUAACUCUUCUUCCCAACCUCAAAGAAACCGUGAUGUAAAGUGCUUUCGUUGUUUGGGUUCUAGUCAUUAUGCUUCUCAAUGCCCGAACAAGAGAGCCAUGAUUAUGUUAGAUAACGGGGAGAUUGCAAGUGCGGAUGAGCACGAGAGUGACACUGACUCUAUACCAUCACUUGAAGAUGCCGAUGAUGUGGAGCAUGCUGUAUCGGGUCAAACUCUUGUUGUUUUGAGAGCUCUACAUGUGCAAACCAAAGAAGAUGGUGAUGGGCUACAAAGAGAGAACAUUUUCUACACUCGAUGCCACGUGAAGGAUCGAGUAUGUGGACUGAUUAUUGAUGGAGGAAGCACUGUGAAUGUGGCAAGCAAGCUGAUGGUGGAGAAGCUUGGUUUGAGCACUCAAAAGCAUCCAAGGCCAUAUAGACUUCAGUGGCUGAAUGAGAGUGGUGAAUUGAAGGUGACAAAACAAGUGUUAAUCUCAUUUUCUAUUGGGAAGUACCAUGAUGAAGUUUUGUGUGAUGUAGUUUCCUAUGAUAGCCAGCCAUUUGUUACUCGGGAGGCCAUGGCAAUUUGA